AUGGGGGAGCUCAACCCCAGCCGGCAGCAGUUCCCCGCCUCGUGGUUGGCGGCGGCGACGGCCAUGACGAGCUCAACCCUGGCGGCCAUGGGGGAGCUCGACCCCAGCGGCCUGGGGGAGCUCGACCCCGGCUCGACCACGGGGGAGCUCGGCCCGGCCAUGGGGGAGCUCGACCCCGACCGCCAUGGGGGAGCUCAACCCCAGCCGGCAGCAGCUCCCCGCCUCGCGGUUGGCGGCGGCGGCGGCCAUGGCGAGCUCGGCCCCGGUGGCCUGGGCGAGCUCGACCUUGGCGUGGACAUGGGGGAGCUUGACCCCGGCAGCCAUGGGGGAGCUCAACCCCGGCCGGCAGCAGCUCCCCGCCUCGAGGUUGGUGGCGACGACGGCCAUGGCGAGCUCGGCCCCGGUGGCCUGGGCGAGCUCGACAUUGGCGUGGACAUGGGGGAGCUCGACCCCCGCGCCAUGGGGGAGCUCAACCCCGGCGGCCUGGGGGAGCCUGCGUUCGGCGGCGGCGAUGGUGUUGGCCAUGGGACCCCACAGAGGAGUUUGUCGGAGGGCUCUGGAGCUCUUGCUUGCGCCGCCACCACGCGCUCGCCGCCCUCUUACACCGCGCGUUCCGCCACUGCGUCCGACAGUGCCACCGCCGCCAUGAUUGAAACAAAGAAGCUCCGCGCCGCCGCCAAAUCCUGCCCUUAG